AUGGACUUAGAAACUUUUCAAUCUCAUUUCUCCUUCCUCUUCUUUUCCUUCACUUCUAUAUUUCUGGUCUUUACUCUUUCACUUCAGCUUCUAAGGUCCCGGCCAUGGUGGUGCAAUUGCUCCGUCUGCGAGGCGUAUGUGACGUCGUCGUGGACCGCCGACUUCGAUAACCUUUGCGACUGGUAUGCCCACCUCCUCCAGCAAUCGCCGACACGCACUAUUCACAUCCAUGUGCUCUGCAAUAUCAUCACGGUCAAUCCCGACAACGUCGAGCACAUGCUUAAAACCCGAUUCGAUAAUUAUCCAAAGGGGAAGCCCUUCUCUUCGAUCCUCGGCGACUUCCUCGGCCGCGGCAUCUUCAACGUCGACGGCGACGUCUGGCGCUUCCAGCGCAAAAUCGCAACCAUCGAGCUCGGCUCCACAUCCGUCCGGUCCUUUUCCUGCCGCAUCGUCUCCUGCGAGAGCCGCCGCCGCCUGCUCCCUCUGCUCGUCUCCGUCGCUGACACCGUUCAGGUUCUCGACUUCCAGGACGUGUUCCGGCGAUUCUCGUUCGACAACAUAUGCAAGAUUUCCUUCGGGCUCGAUCCGGGCUGCCUUAAGCUCUCGCUGCCCAUGUCAGAGUUCGCGGCAGCCUUCGACACGGCCUCCAGGCUGUCGGCGUUGCGGGCCGCCGCAGCAGCGCCUGUUGUAUGGAAGGCCAAGCGGCUUUUGAACUGGGGUUCAGAGAGGGAGCUCCGGCGGGCGAUCCGUCUCGUCAACCUCCUAGCCGAUGAGGUCAUCCGCCAGAGAAGGAAGUUUGGCUUCUCGUCUUCCCAUGACCUCCUCUCCCGCUUCAUGGCCUCCAUCGACGACGAGUGGUACCUCCGUGACAUUGUCAUCAGCUUCAUGCUCGCGGGCCGCGACACAGUGGCUUCUGCCUUAACGAGCUUUUUCAUGCUCCUGUCGCGGCACACGGCCGUCCAGGCGAACAUUCGCAGAGAGAUCAAGCUGGUAACCAGGAGCGGCGGGGACGGCUGCGGUGCGUCGGUCGCGAGCUACGAUAUCACACCUCCGAUCCGAGAUU